CAUAGAUCGUGGCUAGAUGUAUAAUUUCAAUGAUCGCGGUGUCUGAAUCGACCUGCAUUGCAGCCACCGGCUCAUUAUGUAGCCUGAUCAAAUCAACGCAAAUGUCGCUAAUGUCACUUGGCUCGAUCCCGAGGAGUUGUCAGUUGCAAGCGCACCUUGAUGAUCUUGUCUUAUCAGUCUCCGAAAGUGCUGAGAGUGAAUUGGCACCAUUAUGGUGAAACCCUUGGGCAUUAGAUUCUCCAGAACAGGUAGAAAUGGAACCAUUUACGGAUCGAUGCAUGCAUGCUGUUCACUUUUCAAGUUUGCUUUUUUCAGCUACACCUUUGAAAGAGUUGGACCUGCAGAGCAAAGAUUUAUGAAGCAUUCUCAGACGCAUCGUUUUCAUCGAUCAAAGCACGUGAUGAAUCUCUUCUUGAUGGAAGUAGACGUGUGCAGAUGUGCGUGCACUCCUGAUUUUAGCACGAACGAUUCCUGCACUUCAAGCGAGGGCAUGUUUGGUGUUUCAGACAGUUCCAGAAGCCACCGUUUUAAUGGUGCUCCAUGCCGAAUGAUAAACGAAUGAUGUACAGUAUGUGGCUGCCGACUACAUAUUCGAGCAGAACUCAGAUGCAGGACGAUAAUUUCGAGAUUUGGGUAUCUCCCAGCUCUAAACGGUGUUUCGAUUUUAUCGACCCUUUAAGCUCAUCAUCUCAUCCACCAGAGUUGACAUUUGCAAAUGUGAAGUUGCCUGAGUGGGUCUUCUCCUUCCAUCUAGCAACUGAUACUAAUUGUGCAGCAGCAUACGUUCUUACUGCUCUCGUGAUUUCUCUGCUCAAUGAUUGUAGUCGAGUCUUCCAAGGUCUACGAUCUUUCACCAAAAAUCGGUCAAACGAGAAAUGCUGAGUACCGAAUCUCGAUAUACGAUCUUCGGACAAAAGAUUCAAAGGAAGACAUUUUCAGAUUUGAUUUACUUCAAGACGGAUGCAUGUGAAAUGUUCUUCACACCAUGUUCUAUUGACAAGUUUGUUGACCUUCAGCAGUCUCCCAUUUCCUCACUUCUUUCAUGGAAUGAGUUCCUCCAGGUCCCAAUGCUUAAUGUAGAUCGGCACAAAGCUCGCCUUUACAUUUCAUCGCAGCAGUGCAGAAGUGAAGUCGUCACAGACGAAGGUGGCUGAACGAUGGUUUGGUAAGACUCCAACGAGGAGGAAGCAUAAUUCUCAGAAGCCAUCAGUCAUGGCCAAAUGGAAGUCAACGGCAGGAAGUGACGCCCUUUCUUAGACUACAACAUCUUCUAGUUCAUUCUUCUUCACCUGAUGACAAUCAGGAAAUAGAGCCUUCAACUGAUUGAUGCUCGGGGACGCACUCUCUGCACUCGCUUGAAGGUGAUGAUAACUCAGUUCUCUUCAAAAUCAGUGCUUAAGAAUCUCGUUGAUAGAACACGGUCAACCAGCGGUUGUAUGGACAACUUCUACCAGUUUUAUUUCACGCAGCUUGUGAUUUUCCUGUACCGUCAAGUCCCUGAGGUUGGAUAUCCGUAUGCACGGGUCACGUGGUCGAGGAGUAAAUAGAGUUUUUGGUUCUCUUUAUUUCACGAUUGUCUCUACGUUGUAUUGAUAUGACUCUCUUUGCCAUCCACCACAUGAUACUUUUAAAUUAGAAUUCCAUUUAUUUCAAAGUUUGAUCUCACUUUAAC